GCUCUCUUCCUCCUCUCGUCGGGUUGUCUUUUUCUCGAUGACUGUGUAGACCAGUCGGGCAGGUCCUGUUUCAAUUGCACUCCUCCCUCGUCGCUAGCAAGUCGACAAAGUCCACCACCGCACCCCCCACACCCAAUGGCUCCCCUCACCGCCCUAGCCGCCGUCCUCUGCCUCUCCAUCCCCCACGUCUCCGCCCAACUCAACAACUCCUUCUACACCGUCUGGUCGAGCGUCGUCUUCACCCGCACCGGCGAGCGCACGCCCGCCGUCUUCAACCCCAACCCCACCGUCCUCACCGCCCUCGGCGCUCAGCAAGCCUACGCCGCCGGCUCCUACCUCCGCUCGCGCUACUUGGGCCAGUAUACCGGCAAUGGCGUCGGCACGGCGCCCAUCUUCGGCUUGAACCCCGACUCUGUCAAUAUUGAGCAGGUGUAUGUGGGCUCGCCGGAUUAUCAGUACACCGCUGCUACUGCCCAGGCGUUUUUGCAGGGCUUUUAUCCUCCUUCUAAUACCAGCACUACGCUCUCCAAUGGCACGCAGGUCGAAGGCCCACUGGGCGGCUACCAGUAUCCCCUCAUCCAGACCUACAGCUUCAACGACCCCGAAUCCGUCUUCCUCAAUGCUCAAAUCAACUGUCCGGCGUUUGACUAUGUAAUCGAGACUUACGAGGGUUCACAAGCGUUGACCGAUCUUGCGGAUUCCACCGCCUCUAUAUACCAGGCCGUCGGUGAGGCAUUGCUGCAAGGCAUCGUCCCGAGCAAUGUAUGGAGCGCCUACGAAGCCUGGCCGAUCUGGGAUUAUCUCAAUUAUCAGAACAACUACGAUGUCAACGUCUCGGCCGUAUUGAGCUCGAAGGCGUUCUCGGAUCCGGCGACGGGGACGCCGUAUCUCGAUCUUCUUGGUUGGUAUGCGAGUGAGCUGAUCAAUGGGUGGUAUGGCAACCUCAACGCAAUCAACAACGUCACCGAUCAAGACUUCUCCGCAGCCAUCGGCAGCGUCUCCACCAUCGCCGGCAACUUCCUCGCCUCGCAGAUCCUCGGCCAGCUGCAAGCAGCCGUGCAAACGCAAGGCCAAAGCUACAAACUCAACCUGCUCUUCGGCGACUUCCAGCCCCUCAUGUCCCUCUUCGCCCUCACUAGCCUAAACACCUGGGACAGCAACUUCCUCGGCAUCCCCGAAUUCGCCUCGACGGCCGUCUUCGAGCUCUUCUCUUACACCGACGGCACAGGCGACGCCGCCUUCCCCUCCGACCUGAACGACCUGUUCGUCAUGUUCUACUUCCAAAACGGCACCACCGGCCAAUACCAAGCCUACCCCCUCUUCCAGCUCGGCCCGGACAGCACCUCCCUCUCCUGGCCGGACUUCGAAAACGAAUUCUACUCCAUCAUCCCCGGCACGCCAGCAGACUGGUGCACCGAAUGCGGCGCCUCAAGCCCCUUCUGCCCCUCCUCUACCCCUUCCUCCUCCACCUCCUCUCAAAAAAUUAGUCCAGCAAUCGCAGGCGUCAUCGGCGCCCUCGUCGCCCUCGUCUUCGCCGCCCUGCUCUUCGCGGCUUUCAUGCUCUUCGCGGGCGUCCGACUGCAUCGCACCCAUGGCCGCCCGAAUGAUGCGGGCGGGUACAAGGGGAGUCGCAAACUGGCGUCGGAUACGGAUCUCGUUAUCCCCAAGGGCGGAGCGGUGGUGAGUGCCGAGGAGACGCCGGGGAGUCCGCCGCGCGGCGGGCAUGAGAGGGUGGGUAGCUGGGAGUUGAAGCAGAAGAGUGAGGUGGUGGAUGAGGUUCAUGAUUUGGCGUGGCAGAGGCCUGUGGUGCCUGUUGAGAGGGUGUGAUGGUGGGUAGGUGGUCAUGUUCUUCUUUUCUGGGGUUUUGGCGUUGUCGUCCUGCUUGGAGGGAGUGGAGGAGUAUUACGAUGCGGAUACCCAUUUACUUCGUACGACCUACGCGACUCGCGCAGUUUACUUUACGUGCGGAAAUAUAGAGAUGACAGUGAAGUGAUGA